UGCCGCAGCCGCCGUGGCCGCGCCUUAAGUAUCCGCCCGCCACCCAAGUGCGCAUGCGCGCUUGGGGGUGUCCAUGAGGAGGGGUGGCCGGGGGCGCUCCUCAUUCGCCGGGAGAGGAAAAAAUAAUCCAUCUGCUCUUUCCACACCGACCCCCGCCUCCUGAGUUCCAUCUUAGCCCCUUUCCAGAAGAUUCCGCUGUGCGGCUUUUGAAUUUUAGUGUAAAAUGGAGGGGAACUGCAACUCUUGAGAAGCGCAAAGGGUUAGGGUAGGGGAUGCACGUCUUUGGUGUGGAACCCCUCCCUCUCCGAGCCGUGGCCUGCAAAUUUAAGCCCAGUGUCCCGUGACGCGCCAGAACCCACCUUGGGCAUGGAUGGGAAACCAGGAAAACAUAACUUAGAGAUCAUCUGCCCCACAGAGCAAAUAAAAGGUGCCCCUUCCUGGAGCCUUGGCUUCACAGGCCCCUGGUCAGUACUCUUCUAAUAUUUGAUGUGCUGUAAGCCUACAUUCUCGGCUUCACAAGAGUCCCUGAGCACAUAACCUUUCCCUCAUUCCUCGCGUCCCGCUUCGUACGGUUACUACCACGGUGACUAUUGUAGGAAAGUGAGCCAGAGCAUUGAGCUCUAGGCGCAAAAGUGGUAGUCCCCGGGUAUCUACCUUGUGGGAGGGAUGCAAGAGGGAUUGGUGCCUUUGUGUGCGUGGAAGGAAUGGGAUGAGCUUACCGAGAAGUGGUCGGCAAGUGCUGUGGGAUAGUUUUCUGCUGGACAGGUCUUUUCAGCCUCCCUCUUCUGCUCCCCUCCCCCCAGGCCCUGGUAGGUCUUAACACAGCCAGGGAGGCUCUUUGUACCCGUUGUGCUGGGUGGCUGCAGCCUGGAAUGGGGUUUUGCUACCGCCAGCAGAGGGUUGUGGCUGCCGUAGCUCCAUUUCCAGGCACAGCGGGAGGACCUGAACGCGGUCUGGGAGCUCAGCCCCAGCGCACUGGUGGCCUGCCGCUCCAGAGCGCCUCUCCAGCAAGCUGCCUAGCACAGGGGCCAACUGGCAUUUGCCCCUGUGUGGAUAGAAAAUUAAUUUUGAUUAAAAGCUCACAGAGGUCAGGUUCUAUACGGUUGCCAGCAGCAGAUGGAAAGUGUAAGUGAUCCAAGCGAGGUCGGUGUGGAUGAAGUAGCAUGGUGAUUUUUUUUUUUUUUUUUUUUCAUGUUGACUUUCGAAGAAGUUGGCUGGUUUGGACAAAAUGAUGCUGGGCUGCCAUCUUAAACAAAAUAUUUGGUAGUGCCGUCGCUGCGGCUUCGCAGAGCAUGCAAAGAUCCAUUGCCUGCAAACUCCAGCCGGCAGCACGCUGCUCUAGUUCUCCCCUGAGCACCUGCUAUGAUAGAUACUAGAUACAGAAUCCUAUUCUUAUUACUUAGGGGUACAGCACUGUGCCCAUGGCCAUCCAUGGCAACCACAGGGCGGUAUUGUGAGGUCUGGGCCCUUUGAGGACGGGCUGCAGCCCCAGGAGGCGAUACAUGAUCUCUGCUGGGCAGGGCCCAGGCAAAGCCAGUCCACUGUGCCGGACCUGCCCGAAGAGCCCUCUGGCCCAACCCCGACAAGCCUAGGGGAGACACCCCAGGAGGCUUCCUGGACAGGAUCCCUGCUGCCUUGGUGAUCCCGGGCUGACAGCCAGAGAGCACAGCGGCUCAGCUCCUGGAGAGUGAGGGUUGAAGAAAGCGGAGGGCAGCUGCCUGCGCCCGCUGGCUCCCAUUGGGUCGGUUCCUGCAGCGGUGCCCGGUGGCCUUGGUGAAGGCCCUGCCCGGCAGAGAUCAUGUAUUGCCUCCAGUGGCUGCUGCCCGUCCUCCUCAUCCCCAAGCCCCUCAACCCCGCCCUGUGGUUCAGCCACUCCAUGUUCAUGGGCUUCUACCUGCUCAGCUUCCUUCUGGAGCGGAAGCCUUGCACGAUUUGUGCCUUGGUUUUCCUGGCAGCCCUGUUCCUCAUCUGCUAUAGCUGCUGGGGAAACUGUUUCCUGUACCACUGCUCUGAUUCCCCGCUUCCGGAAUCGGCGCACGACCCCGGCGUUGUGGGCACCUAACAGCCUGCCCUGUUAGCUUUCCAAGGAAGCAGAAGAUGGGAGGGGAGGCAUUGACAUAGGUCAUAAAGCAUUGGAGUUUCAAAUCCCGCAGCCCCGCGGGUGCCACAUUCCUGACGGCGCCUUUUUUGGCCUGUGAUGUUUUAUCCUUAUAAUGUGAAUAAUGGCACUGACCGGUGCUUUUAUUGUAGAGUCCUAUAGUCGUGGGUGGUCUUGUGAUUGUGUGUGUUCUGUCCCCAUCUCGGUUCCUCCCCUCGCUCCCCAAGGCUGGCAGGAUGGUCACCCCCCUCGCCUCAUUCCUGCGAGGAGUCUGCACCCAUCCUGGUCAACCGUCCCGGCAUGACCUGGGCAGAUAAAAUGCCAGUCUCGUCACCUCUGUGAGCCCUCCUUGUCAGGGUCUCUUCCCUUCCCAGAAUGUUACCAACCCCUCAGUCCCUCUCCUGGUUUCCCUUUAGUUCUCUUCUGCCCCUUUCCUUUUUGGGGGAGCGCCUGUCCAAGACAGGGCUCAUUUUUGCACUUAUCUCGAAUUUAAAGAGAUUGCUGACGCCCGAGAGCCUCGCUUUUUCAUCCUUCUUUCCCCGGUCAGCAGGCUAGACAGAAACAUGUCUUGACUGUUUGUUGUCCACAGAUCUCCGGUAUUUUCUCCACUUCAUUUUUAAGAAAGAAGUAACAGGGACUUGUUGCUCUUUCACCUGGGUUUCUGGGCUCAUGCUUACCAGCCCAGCCUCACUUUCUUUGCCCUUCCUCCUGCCUUUCUCAACUGUCCCGAGGAGGGGGGGCCUCAUCGUGUCUCCUGUGCAUGCUCUGCAGGAUUGAGGUGUGGUGUGUCCACGUAGAUCUAGCAGUCCCCAGCUGAGUGAAUGGAAGAGUACUCGUGUGUUUUUUCAUAACAGCCAUGAUCCCCUUGAUAGGUGUUUGAAUAUAUUUUGGUGUGCCGUGAGUGUGUGUGUGUAUGUGUGUGUGUGCGUGUACAAAUACAUGUGUAUAUUCCUUUUAAAGAAGCUUUAUCGAACAUGUUCUGAUUUUGAGGUUUAGCAACAGCUAGCUAUAGCAGGUGCCGCUGCAGUUUUUAUUUAGCAUGGGGAUUGCAGGGUGACCAGCACGCUGGACUCCGAGGUGGUUCAGACAAGACAGAGAGGAGCAGUGGCCAUCAUCCUCGUGCCAGGAGCUCCUUCAGUCCUGCGCAUAUAGACUGUACGUUACGAAGAAUACACAGGAAGACUUUGUGACUGUCACUUGCUUUUUGCUUUUUGCUUUUUCUGCGCUUCAGUAACAAGUGUUGGCAAACGAGACUUUCUCCUGGCCCCUGCCCACCGGGGACUAGCAUGGUUGUCCGUCCAGUCUAAAUCAUCCAUCCUUCUCUUGCCUGAGUGGGAAGGGCGGUGGGCCAGGCAGAGGACAGAACUGGAGGCAGUCCAUCUAGGGAAUGGGACCGUGAGGCCACACUUGUGGAACAUUUGGACUGCCAUUCUGGAGCUUUUAUUUCUGGUGUGUUCGUUGCACAGCUGUUUGAAAUGUUUAAUAAAGCUUUAUAAACUUUA